UCAGCCUGACUGAACAUGUCUGGUGUGGAUGAAGAGGAGGACAGAUCAGAGUCUGUGGACAGAUGUCAGCAGCUCAGACACACAGCAGAGUCUUCAGGGUCCAGCAGUUUGUCUAUGAAGAGUAAAAAGUCCAUUGAUCAACCUCCAGCGUUCAGUACUGAACCUGGACCUUCAGCCACAAAAUGUCAGCAGGUUGGACGCACAACAGAGUCUUUAGGUUCCAGCACUUUGUCUAUUAAGAGUGACUGGUCUAAAGAGCAUCCUCCCAACCUCAGUGGUGAACCUGGACAUUCAGACACAAAAGAGAGGAAGAGGACUGAUGUCUGUGAGGAGCAGCCAGAAAGAUCCAGACGCAUCGCUGCACCAAUUGGUCUGCAGCAGCUUCUGGAAGAACAUAAGAAGAGUCUGAGGAGGAGAUUUGAACAUGUGACUGAAGGAAGUGAUGAAGCAGGAGGAGGAAGCCUCCUCAACAGGAUCUACACUGAGCUCCUCAUCACAGAGGGACUCAGUGAGGAGCUUCAGAGGGAACCUGAGCUGAAGCAGCUGGAGAUAGCUUCCAGGAAGGAGAGCCUCCAUCAUACUACCAUCAGGUGUCAGGACAUCUUCAAAGCCUCGGCCCAGCAGCUCAGACACAUCCAAGUGGUUCUGACCAGCGGCGUGGCCGGCAGUGGAAAAACCUUCUCGGUGCUCAAGUUCACUCUGGACUGGGCCGAAGGCCUGGAGAACCAGGAUGUCAGUGUGCUGGUGGUGCUCUCCUUCAGGGAGCUGAACCUGCUGGGAGAGCGGCCGUACAGUCUCCUCUCGCUGCUGGGUGUUUUCCAUCCCACGCUCCAGAAGCUGACGGCAGAGGAGCUGGCUGUCUGCAAGCUGCUCUUCAUCUUUGACGGCCUGGAUGAAAGCAGACUUUCUCUGGACUUCAGCAGCAGCCAGCGGCUGCUUGACGUCUCCCAGCAGUCUUCAGUCAGCGUGCUGCUCACUAACCUCAUCCGGGGGGAUCUGCUGCCCUCGGCUCGGGUCUGGAUCACUUCCCGACCGGCGGCGGUCCAUCAGAUCCCUCCAACAUGUGUGGACAGACUGACAGAAGUGCGAGGCUUCACUGACGCCCAGAAGGAGGAGUACUUCAGGAGGAGGCUGAGUGAUGAGGAGCUGUGCAGCAGAAUCAUCUCCCACAUCCAGACCUCCAGGAGCCUCCACAUCAUGUGUGGAAUCCCAGUCUUCUGCUGGAUCACUGCUACAGUUCUGGAGCACAUGUUGAGCAGCGAGCAGAGAGGAGAGCUGCCCCAGACUUUGACUGACAUGUACUCCCGCUUUGUGUUGGUUCAGACACACAGGAAGAAGCUCAAGUACCAUGAAGGACAUGAGACGGGUCCACAGGAGCUGACGGAGGCUGACAGGGAGCUUCUUCUGAAGCUGGGCAGGAUGGCCUUUGAACAUCUGGAGAAAGGAAACUUGGUGUUCUACCAAGAAGACCUGGAGCAGUGUGGUCUGGAUGUAACUGAGGCUUCGCUGUUCUCUGGAAUAUGUACUCAGAUCUUCAAAAGAGAAUCUGUGAUCUUCCAGAAAAUCGUCUACAGCUUCGUCCAUCUGACUGUUCAGGAGUUUCUGGCUGCAGUCUUCAUGUUCCACUGUUUCACCAGCAGGAAGACAGAUGUGCUCCAGACCUUCGUUGAAGAGGAUGAUGCUUUUCAAUCUCUUCACAUCUUCCUGAAGAACGUUCUGCUAAAAUCCCACAGAAGUCAGAAUGGCCACCUGGACCUGUUUGUCCGCUUCCUUCAUGGCCUUUCUCUGAACUCCAACCAGAGACUCUUAGAAGGUCUGCUGGGUCGGACAGAGGUCAGUCCAGAAACCAUCCAGAGAGUCACCAAAAACCUGAAAGAGAUCAACAGUUAUGGAAUGUCUCCUGACAGAAGCAUCAAUAUCUUCCACUGUCUGAUGGAGAUGAAGGACCUCUCAGUACAUCAGGAGAUACAAGAGUUCCUGACGUCAGAGAACAGAUCACAGAAGAAACUCUCUGAGAUCCACUGCUCAGCUCUGGCCUACAUGCUGCAGAUAUCAGACCAGGUCCUGGAGGAGUUGGACCUGAACAAGUAUUACACAUCUUUGGAGGGACAAAGGAGACUGAUCCCAGCUGUGAGGAACUGCAGGACGUUUAAGAAUCCAAUGAAGUGUCCUCUCUCACAAUCUCACUGUGAAGUGAUCUCCUCAGCUCUGAAGUCUGACCCCUCCCAUCUGAAACAUCUGGACCUGAGUAACAAUAAUCUGGAGGAUUCAUCAGUGAAGAUUCUGUGUGCUGGAUUGGAGAGUCCAAACUGUAAACUGGAGACUCUGAGGAUGAAGAACUGCUGGUUAUCAAAAAUCAGCUGUUCUUUUGUGGCCUCAGCUCUGAAGUCCAACCCGUCCCUCCUGAAACAUCUGGACCUGAGUGGGAACCAACUGCAGGAUUCAGGAGCUCAGCAGCUGUGUGGUUUUCUGGAGAGUCUACUCUGUCAUCUGCAGACUCUGAGGUUGGAGAACUGUAGUUUGUCAAAGAUCAGCUGUUCUCCUCUGGUCUCAGCUCUGAAGUCCAACCCCUCCCACCUGAAGGAGCUCCACUUGCGUUUCAACCAGCUCCUGAAGGAUUCAUCAGUGAAGAUUCUGUGUUCUGGACUGGAGAAUCCAAACUGUAAACUCGAGACUCUGAGGUUGGACUAUUGCAGGAUGUCAGAGAUCAGCUGUUCUUCUGUGGUCUCAGCUCUGAAGUCCAACCCCUCCCUCCUGAAACAUCUGAAACAUUUGGACCUGAGUUUGAACUGCCUGCUGGAUUCAGGAGUUGAGCAGCUGUGUGGUUUUCUGGAGAGUCCACUCUGUCUUCUGCAGACUCUGAGGUUGAGUGGCUGCAGAUUGUCAAAGAUCAGCUGUUCUUCUCUGGUCUCAGCUCUGAAGUCCAACCCCUCCCACCUGAAGGAGCUCCUGCUGUUUUACAAUGACCUGCUGGAUCCAGAUGUGCAGCAACUGGUUGAUCUUCAGCAGAGUCCAGACUGCAGCCUGCAGACUCUCUGGUGGGACUGAGAGCAGAGCUUCAUCCAGCAGUGAGUGACAGAGGAACCAGCAGAAGAUCUGCAGUGUGAAGAGCUGUGAGAGUCCAGCAUCGAACCAUGGUUCCUCUGGAUGUGACUCAGAAUCAUCAAUGUGUGGACUGUAUCUCCUCCUCCUCUGUUAUUUUUUAUGCAUUAUUGUUUCAGUCAUUAUUUGAAGCAGAUUGAAGUCUUAAAGUCCAGCUCCAGUUUUUUCUUCAGCUCUAGUCUGCUGCUGAUCGGGACUCACUGGUUAACAGGAAAAAUUCAAACUGGCCUCCAUGUUAAAAAGGUUGCAGACCAGUUCAGAAAAAUGGGCGACUUCACAGAGCAUUGCUUUAGUAAAAGGCCGAUAAUCAGUGCUGAUAUUUGACAAUUUGAUGCAUGUUGGCAUCAGCCUUUUGUUUUAAAUCAAAGACCGAUCAGAGUUCAAUAUGAAACUCUGACCUGAAUCUACCAAAUGAGUAAUCUGGGCACAAUAGCCCAUUAAUAGGUCAUAUUAAAGGGGUUUUGUGUCUGUGCACCCCUCUCUGUGUGUGUUUUCCCCUCCCUGCCAGGUGAGGGUGCUGCUCAUCGUGUGUGUGUGUGUGUGUGUGUGUGUGUGUGGAGCAGGUCCCCAGGUGCUGCCAGCUGAUUGGCUGAUGGGACCGCCUAUAAAAAUAAGACCAACCUAAGGCCAGGAGCUCAACUUCUCUCCUUGUUCCCAGCUGAACUCAGGCAGCAUGAUCCUGUGUUCGGUCCUCUGAUUGUUUUCAUUUUGAGAAAUCCUUUUGUAAAUCAGUCCACUUGUUGCUUAUAUGGCUGAACAUCCCUUUUUCUUUUGUGAAUCUUCUUCUCCUGUUUUUGUGUUUCAAAAACUUAGGACAAUUAUUGUCUUUCAGUUCCCUUUUGUUUGCUUUGCAGAAAAUGACAGGGGGAAUUAAUAUUAAUCAAUUAAUUUAUAUGGUUUGUUAUUUUUAGCCUCUGCUCACCCUGACACUUUCUGUUCACUCUCAGUCUCAAUAAGUUGGGAGUUGGACUGCAGUAGUUAUGGCCGUGGUUUUCUUGGGAAUGAGGGAAGGAGGGGAGUCCUGAUUUCUGUCCUUUACAUUUAUAUUUCUAUUGUUUCUAUUUUCAGUUCUUUAUCUUCAAAGAAAAAAGCAGGAAGGCAAUGUAAAGAACAGAAAUAUGAAAGUAAAGAACAGAAAUAUGAAAGCAAAGGACAAGAAAAAAGAGCACAUAUUUCUGCAAAUUUCAAGAUAUUUCUCUCCAUUCUCCAAUGUUUAUGGUAUUUACGUUCAUAUUUCUCUUCUUUUCUGUCAUCUUUCUGUACUUUCAUAUUUCAGUGUUUUAUGUUCCAAAAAUCUGUUACUUUCCUUCGAAUUUCUGUCCUUUACAUUUAUGCUUCUGUUUUUUACUUUUUCAGUUCUUUACUUUCUAGGAAAAGAGCUGAAAUUCAAUGUAAAGGACAGAAACAUGAAAGCAAAGAACAGAUAUGUGCCUGAUCUCUCUCUCUCUCUCUCUCUCUCUCUCUCUCUCUCUCUCUCUCUCUCUCUCUCACUCUCUCUCUCUCUCAGAGGGAAAAAAAAUGUUAAAAGUUCAUAAAAGUGAAGAGCGGCGACUGCUCAGUUAAGGACCGGAACAGCUGGAGUGUGUGUUUGGGUUUAGUCAUGCUGAAAAUUGUUUAAGUUUUAUUUCCUUUUCUAAUUAGUUGUUACCACUGCACUGUUAAAACUGGAUGUAGACACCUUGUUAGAUUGUAAUCCAUAGUGGUAAAGGUCAUGGAAGCAGAUUUAGAAACUAACAGAGAAAUGGGACAAUUAGUAUUUAUCAAAAGUCAGCAAAUCUCCUGACUGGCUGUUUACUAGACGAGUCAGGUACGUGUAUACAGUGACAGUUUUUUUCCUCACUUGAUGCUCAAGUCUCAUCUCAGUCUGAUGUGGACUUUCCCAGCAUGUCACUGCCUCCAAAAUACUUCAACAGUGUUCCUGGUGAAGUUUCAUCAAAAUGAUGAGCAGAUUCAUUGUACCUCCAGAAAUGACUCUCUCUCUUUAAUAUCUACAAAAGGUUAAAACUGCAAAUGAGCAAAUUGAGAAAAAAACACUGCAUGGGUUAAAUUUAUUGUCCAAUAAAUGUGCUG